AUGGCCACCACCAGGCUAUCGCCGACAGCAAACUUGCUACGGAAGUCUCGCCUUUUUGCACUUCCGCAAGCCUUGACGCCUCCUCAAGAACAUCCAUCCUCGAAGGGUCACCGUGAUUCCGACACCGCGACUCUGCCUUAUCCCAUCCGGGCGUCCAUUGUCACUCCGGCCUCGUCGCUGGCAAGGGGAGAUUGGGGUUUGAAGCGACCGCUUCCUCAGAAGUCGACCUCUCAGAAAUCUUCUCGGCCGGUUGUCCGAGUGAACGAACUCGACACAUUCGAACAUGUUACCGACUUCGAAUCCGCGGCGGAUCACACCGUGACUCUGGAGAAGUUCCAGGAACUCCAUAUGCCUAUUUCGCUGCCGUCCAAGGUCAACUACGCUACCAGCAUCGUACCUCGACAUCAGAGUCCAUUUGAAACUCAGGUCGAUAACACAAACACCAGCAAGAACCUCGAUGAACCUGGGGCCAAACAAUUUAGACACUCUGGGCCUUGGCUUGCAGGUCAGUCGCAAGCGCAAUUCGAUGCCUACUUGAAGAAAGUCCGCGGAAACCGGCCGGAGCUUCUACAAAAAUUGCGCGAGCGAUUCACCGAGAAGCGAACUGCCGAACGAAGGAAGCAGGCUCAGGACAACGGAGAGGAUCUCGAGAAGCUCGCGCCCGUUCAGGUAAGCGAGGAGGAGUUCCAAGCGUACCUGAAGUCUCUGCGAGCGGACCCAUUCGCCCUCGGACCUGUCGUUUUCGAGCUCCUAGACCUCCCUUCUCCUCCCGCCGUGCCGAGCGACCGAAUUGGGCAGCGAUACUACCAAUCCCCCGGCACCAAACUCUCGUCGGGCGAAUACGCCGUGUCGGGACCUCCGAAGACGCAUCCCUCCGCCGGUCUGUCAUACUCGCGUUCGCAUGCUUUGGUUUACAACCAUCCUUCGUACGGUGCUCAGGUCUUCCAGCGCCCCGUCCAAGCACGUAUCCUGCGGCCCAAGGGCAAGUUUAAGAACAAGACUGCCAAGGCCAUUGCUGGUGUUGGUGGUAUCGCUGUGGAGGACUUGAAUGCCAUGACCUUCAUGGAGCAGGGCUCGCCUCCAGGCCUGUCUCAUUACGACUCUACUAUCCCUGGGGGUGCUAAGUACUGGGUCACUCCCAUCCGAGCCUCGGUUGACUCUGACGGCAGGAUUGGGUUGGCAUCGUACCGUGCCAGCGCUACUGCAAAGGCCCCCUACCGCAUCGAGGACUACAAGAAGCCAGGCGCUGUUUCCGAAUUUGCCCGUGGCUAUCAGCGUUUUGUCCCCAGGUUGGACUCAAACCGUCCCAAGACCGCUCGGCCACGGGAGUCGGCCACGGGAUCCACCGAAGACAUUGCGAGAAACCUCAUGAAAACGCUCAGGUCUUAA